AAUCGAAAUAAAUAAAACAAACGUAAAAAAAUUACGUAGUGACUAGUGUGAAAUAGUGCCUAGUGUUUGAACGUAGUAACUAGUGGUUAAAUUCUCUUUGGUGUUUACUGUUUACAAAAUAAAAUACGGAUUAAAGUGAACUAAAUUACGAUAACUGAAAUCGGAAACAACUAUAAUUUGUAACCUUUUCACUUUACCCUUUUGCAAUUUGCGUUGAAUUUAGAGUUAGGAACUAAUAGAAAAGGUAACGCAAAUAUCAAUAUGAUCGGUAAAAUGUUUUAUAACACUAUAACUUGUCAAACUUUCUCGCCCUGUGGAAAAUAUUUAGUUGCCGGCAAUAUCUAUGGACAAUUAGCUGUUUUUGACUUAAGUAGUUUGUUGAAUCCAGAUAAAGAUAAAAUUACUGCUGACUACGAUAAACCUAAACGUAUUCAUAAUUUGCCCAAAAACACAGGCUUUAUAUGUAGUCUAGCUAGCUCUGAAAAGUUUUUAAUAGUUGGGAUAGACAAUGAAAUUCAAGGUUGGAAUUGGAAAGAGAUACAUUCAAAACCUGGGAAAGUUGUAUGGAGAAUUAAAAUAAAAACUUCAGGACAGUGUGAAGUAAAUAGUCUUUGGUUAUCAGAUGAUGAGGAACAAUUAUAUGCUGGCUGUGGUGAUAAUAAUGUCUAUGUCUACAAUUUAGAGGAUGGAACACUAAUCUCGAAAUAUAGCGGUCAUGAAGAGUAUAUUCAUUGUAUUCAUGGAAAAAAUCAGCAGCUCAUAUCCUCUGGAGAAGAUGGUUUGGUUUUGCUGUGGGAUAUGAGAACGGGAAAGGCAGAAAAUAAAUUGAAGCCGUAUAAAGAGGAUAAACUAGCCCGGCCUGACAUUGGAAAGUGGAUAGGUUCAGUUGCUUUAGGAGAUGAUUGGAUCGUCUGUGGUGGCGGUCCUCGGCUUGCGCUUUGGCACCUGCGGUCGCUCGAUGCAGUAACAGUGUUCGACUUGCCAGACCGAGGAAUACACGUGUCUUUCUUCUAUGACGACUGCGUGGUGGCCGGCGGGACUGCUAAACACCUGUACCAGUUGAGCUACUCCGGUGACGUGCGCGUGGAACUGCCAGUGUCCUCCACUACGGUGUACUCGGCUAUUCUGCGAACGAGCCCCAAUAAGGUGCUGUCUAUCGCCGGUUCCAGCCCCGAUAUAGAUCUCUGCACGACAUUUAACUAUAGGGAUCAAGUGUUGCGAUUUAUAUGAGUUACAUAAAAAUAUUAAUAAAUGUGUGUUUAAAUGGUC